UUAUUCGUCAAAGCAAACACGAAUUUUACUAGUGAAAUGAAACACGAAAGUUAGGCUAUUUACCACCACCCAAAUCGCAUCGUUCUCGUCGUUCCAUUAGAUCAUCCGGGUCAGCUUGGGUUGCCGGCGGCGAACCAGAGGGCGGAGAAAGAGAAGGAGUAUAGAAUAAUGGCGAAUCUUUUCUUGAAACAAGCAAAGCAAUACUCCCAGACUCGACCAGGUUAUCCGCAACAACUCUUUGAUUUCAUCGUCUCCAAGACGCCCAAGCAUGACCUCGUUUGGGACGUCGGCACCGGCAGCGGUCAGGCAGCCACCUCCCUUGCGAGCGUAUACAAAAACGUAAUCGGCACAGAUACAAGCAUCAAACAACUAGAAUUUGCUCCAAAACUCCCAAAUAUUCGUUACGAAUGUACAUCUCCCAACCUUUCCAUGUCUGAAUUGGAAAAGAAGAUCGGAACAGGGUCAAGUGUUGAUUUAGUUACAGUCGCUCAAGCACUCCACUGGUUCGAUCACGACAUCUUCUACGAUCAAGUGAAAUGGAUACUCAAGAAACCUAACGGCAUUAUCGCGGCAUGGUGCUACACUAUUCCAGAAAUUGAUGAUGAAUUCGAUCCAAUUUUCCGCAAGUUUUACUCAGAAUCAAAACCUCACUGGGAUUUGCUGCGAGGAAUUGUUGAUGACAAGUAUAGGAGCAUCGAAUUUCCGUUUGAAGCAGUGGAUGGAUGUGAUGACACAGGUCCGUUUGAGUUUCGAAGUAAGAAGAUGAUGAGUUUGGAUGAAUUCUGUACGUACAUUAGAUCAUGGUCGGCUUACCAAACGGCGAAAGAGAAGGGCGUUGAGUUACUGAAUAAUGGUGUGAUGGAGGAAUUCCGGCGUGCUUGGAAAGAAGACGAGAAUGGAGAAAAGAGCGUUACAUAUCCGGUUUAUUUAAGGAUUGGCAAAGUGGGUGAUUCGGUUUAAAUAUUGGCCGUUUGAAAUUUGAAGUAAAUUGAUUUUGGUAUGUGUAUUGAAUCGAUAAAUGAUAACUAUUUAAGUGAAGAUACAUGUAACACUUGAAACGAAUAUACGUACUUGUAUGUUAUGAUUUAUGAGCUGAAAUAAAAAUACAACAAUAUUAAUUU